AUGCCGCUUGCCCAAGGCAAGAAUAAGUCUCGAGAUGAGUCUGUUGAUGAGAUUUUUCGGUCUUCAACCAACGCUACCAAGGCUGCUCUCGCAGUACUUCUGACAACGGAAGCCAUGGCCGAAGUUGUGGUUAUUGCACUAGGUCUACCAGGCCUGUUCACAACUUGCAUAGAAUCUUUCGAACUUAUCCAAUAUGCAAAAACCUUUGAAGAUGACCGCAGAGAUCUAGUUCUUCGUCUUGAGAUUCUCGAAGCCCGGCUAGCGUGA